GGGACAGGGCACAGAGAGACCCAGCAGGAUGGGAAUGGGAGCUCCUGGUGAUCUGGGCACUUUCUCCUUCAUGUUACUGACCUGGGAGGAUCCACUUCAGGACAUGGCUCCCAAAGGAGCAAGAGGUACCAGGAAGCACCGCUGAUCUGCACAGACCCCCUGUGCUUGCUGCUGCCCCACAGUGAACAGGGAGCUGCUGAGGAGCUGCAUGGUCCAUCCCUGGAUUCUCCAAGCACUGACUCCCAUCCACUCUGACCACAGCCAGGGACCACAUCCCACUGCCUGCCCAGAGUCCAUCCAUGGAGGUGACCACCGUGUCCCCAUCUCCUGCCUCACCCACUGAAGGGCACGAUCUCUGUGAGACAGAUGUCACCAACGUGGCCAUACACAGUGUGACACUGCUCAUCUGCCUCUGUGGGCUGGCUGGGAACGGGGCUGUCCUUUGGUUCCUCAGGCUAAACAACCAUAACUCUGGCAUCUUUUACCUGGGUGUCUCCGACUUCCUCGUCCUUCUCUUCACAGUCCCCUCUGCCCUCCUCUUCCUGGUGGAGGACCUGUCCUGCUCUCCUGUCUUGCCCUUUAUGUACAUGAGCUUCCUUUUCCAGCUGUCAGAGCUCUCCUACUACUGGGGGCUGUACCAGCUGACACGCAGCAGAGGUGCGGCGAAUAUGGUCGACCUCUGCGAACUCUGCUUCGGCUGCAACGUUCCUCUGCGCCUGUGGUGGGUGGUGAAUGGUGUCCAGUACUGGGCCUUCUUUGCUGUCUUCACUGUCAUUCCCACGCUGAAUUCCCUCUGCCAAUCCCACGAGCAGGGGCAGUGCAGGUCAGCUCUCAUCUCCGUGUACACCAUCUUGCUGCUCCUCUUUGCUGCACCCGUGGCCAUUUCCAGCACAAUCAACAUCAUCAAGGCCAAGUGUGGCUCCAAGAACCAGCAACCCCAGAGGCGACACAUAGUUGUCUUCAUCACUGUGCUCUUCAUUCUCCUACUUGGCAUCUGCAAUUUCCUGCAGCAGCUCGAUUACAUUCUUGUGUCCACCGAGGUCGUUUUCCUGCUCAACUGCAUCCACAACAGCAUCAAACCCUUCAUCUACUUCUUGGCAGGGAGGUGCUGGAGUCCCUGCUCGAUGGAGUCCCUCCGGCUCUCCCUCCAGAGGGUCUUUGUGGAGAAGAAAGAAAACCCUGCCGUCAGCAAUGGUGCAAACACAGACUCAGUGCUCUGA